CACCCACAGCACCACCAGGAUUACUCCUUACAGUAAAAGCCUCUUACUGACAAUGUGGACACCAGCUGAGGAUAUAUAACUCUAUAUCUGCUUUUUUUUUCCUCCUGGCUUCUCCGACCUCCAUGUAAACAGCUGUGACGGGAAACGAGGACCCUCUUCCCUUCGAGUUCUAUCCGCUGACAAGCGCCUUUCAUGCGUCUCCCUGGGACAGACUCCCACGUCAGAAUGAACUGUGAGCAGGACUUUGGAGAAGGGGGCAUGAACGUGACGCUCACACUCAGAUUGCUCAUGCACGGCAAGGAGGUGGGCAGCAUCAUUGGCAAGAAAGGAGAGACGGUGAAAAGGAUACGAGAAGAGAGCAGUGCGCGCAUCAACAUAUCGGAAGGCUCCUGUCCAGAGCGGAUCAUUACCAUCACAGGCCCCACGGAGUGCGUCUUCAGAGCCUUCACUAUGAUCACGUUAAAACUGGAAGAGGAUCUCAGCGCUUUGGUCGCCAAUGGUACUAUGACGAGCAAGCCGCCUGUCACCCUGCGGCUCGUCGUUCCUGCCAGCCAGUGCGGUUCCCUUAUCGGCAAGGGCGGCUCCAAAAUCAAGGAGAUCCGAGAGAGCACAGGGGCACAAGUACAGGUAGCAGGAGAUCUAUUGCCCAACUCUACGGAGCGAGGGGUAACGAUAUCUGGGACACAUGAAGCCAUCAUCCAGUGCGUCAAGCUCAUUUGCACCGUUAUCCUUGAGUCUCCUCCUAAGGGUGCUACUAUUCCAUAUCGCCCCAGUCCUUCGCCAGGAGCUGUCCUUCUCUCUGGAAGUCAGGUUUUCGAAGCUUCUGAGUUUGGGUCACACCCUCUUUUCUCAGUGGCUCAAGGAGGUCUGGAUCUGCAACAAGCCUAUACUUUACAGAACCAAUUUGGCAUUCCACAUUCAGAGCUGGCCAAGCUUCACCAGUUGUCUAUUCAACAAGGCCUGGCGCCCAUCGCCCAGCCCACCACCGCUGUCCUACCUGGGAUCGAGUCCAAUUCCCAGACUACAUCCCAGGAACUUCUCAUUCCAAAUGACCUUAUAGGCUCAAUCAUCGGCAGACAGGGCACCAAAAUCAACGAAAUCCGGCAGGUCUCAGGGGCACAGAUCAAGAUUGGCAGCCAGCUAGACAGCACCAGUGACCGGCACGUCACCAUAACCGGCUCCCCCAUAAGCAUCAACCUCGCUCAGUACCUCAUCACCUCCUGUUUAGAGACCGCCAAAUCCACCGCCCAGUCCUCCUCCAUGUCGACCCCUGUUGACCUCAACAUGAGCUUCACCCAGCCCGCCUCCCCUGCCUCGUCCUCUGCCGCAGCCCUGGCAGCGAUGGGCGGCCUGCCCCACGCUCCCGUGCUGGGUGCCCCCUAUGCCCUCCCCCUCUCCAGCCUCCUGGGAAUGAAAUCCGUCCCCUUCCUAGCACUGUCCACCCCCGCUGCCACGGCCGCCGCGGCAGCCGCCGCGGCUGCCCCCGCUCACGGGACACUGGCCUCCUACACUGCCAAAAUCUCCUCCGCCAAUGGGAUCAAGAAGCCCGAGAGACAGAAGUUCGCACCCUACUGAUGCCCCGUUGCCCCAAACUCCUGGCCUGUCUGGAGACAAGAUGGGGAAGGGCCUCUUUUUGUGUUCUACCCCCCUGCCUGAUGUAGCUGUAUAGUAAGAGACUGUAUAACAACUUUUUUGCUUUGUUUUGUAGCUUUUCCAUUAACCACGAAGAAACCAGGAUGACGUUGGCUUAUAUAGAUAGCUAUAUUUAUGUUAUUUGCCAAGUUAGCCUCUUAAGCCAUAGACUGUUUCCUCCACCUAUUUGCCCCCUAGCCUUUCUUCCAUCUCCUGUCCACUUUUAUUUAUUAACAGUAAAAAAGUUUAAACUCCCUGAGUUUAUAAAAUUAAACACUGGUGACCGAUGCUAAACUCUGUGUAUCAGCUUUUAUACAAUGAUGUCUGUGUAUGCUCCUGUAUACAACUUCCUGAGGGUUUUUUUUUUUUA